CACAAAAAGAAAAAGAAAAAUGUAAAUUUUGCGACGGUGGAGCAGCCGAGUGGAGUUCUGCUGUAUUCUGCUGUUUUUGGUUUGCUCUCGAGCUGUUUAGUUUAUUGUAGCGGAGUUUUGUAUGGGCGUGUAAAACAUAACAAAGUAUUGGAAUUCUUAUCAACGCUACAUUUAAAAUUUGUUUGCGGUAGAAAUAUUUAACAUUCUUAAUUAAGCUCGACGGGAUGCUUCACCCACGGAACUAAACGCGCGAGUGCUCAGCACUAAUAGAGUGGCUCUGGUUUUUUAAGAAUCGUGUUAAGUGUUUUGAUGCAGUAUAUACAUAUUUACGUAUAUAUGUACGAAAGUUAAUGGGUGUUAGACCACCAGUGUUGUAAAUAAAAUCUGUAUGAAUGCUUUGCGAAUGCAAACACAUUUUGGAUGUUAAAAAUUUAUUUGAAUAUUUUGUGCUUAAAGGAGAUAUUUGUGUUUCAAAGUGUAUUCGGUUAAACAACAAACGUAUCUCACAGAUUUAAUUUCCUUGUUUCCGUUGCGUAGCUCUCGCGUAGAGCGUUGUGUCCUAGAAGUCAAUGUCCAAAACGACAGAUUCAGCAACCAUUUCCUUACUUACUGGAGCAUCCGUGGAUAGCGCCAGCAGGACACGCGCUCAGCAACGUAUUAGCCUAACAACAAAGCGGCGAAAAAUGUCACGUCGUGCCAAUCUGAUAGGUAUUUGUGGCGUUAGCAGUCUCUGCAUAUUGCUGCUGAUAGCGACAACCCAACAUCGACCUGCCUCUAUGACCAUAUCUAACGGCAUGGCCGUUGGAGUUGGUGACAUAUCGGGCGUACAGACAGGUUAUGUCGAUCGGCAUCAUGUAGGCACUGCGAGCGUUACAUACAAUAUGACGGCUACAAUAGCGGAUGUCCUGACGGCGCAACGCACGAAGAUUCUCACUGAAAUGGAAAACUUCGAAUAUCCACAAGGACGGUUCGGUGUCGACGCCGAAAAAUUAUCCGACAUGACACCUGAAACAAAUGGUACACCGAUACGUAGCGUGAUUAUAACAACUUGGCGUUCAGGCUCUACAUUCUUGGGCGACAUACUAAAUGCCAUGCCAGGCAAUUACUAUCACUACGAACCGUUGCUGUCGUUUGGCAUCAAUCAAGUGCGCGAGGAGUCCGAAGGGGACGAAGCGUUACGGAUGCUUCGACAUCUACUCCAUUGCAAUUAUACAAAUAUGCAGGAGUACCUCGAAUAUGGCAAACAGCAUUCGUAUUUGUUUGAGCACAAUGAGCGUUUGUGGAGUGUAUGCAAAGAGUUUCCACAUUUUUGCUGGCAACCAAAAUUUCUAACACCCACAUGUAAACUCUUUCCGAUGCAGAGCAUGAAGGUGGUGCGACUACGACUGUCGUUGGCGAAAGCACUGCUUGAUGACAAUAGGUAAGUUCGUCGAAGAUUU